AUUUUUUCUUCCCUUUCUACCCCUCUCACCCCCCACCCCCCAACGUCAAUCACCACCAUGCAACAAACUUUAACAUAUAGAAAUUUGUUUCUUUCCACCACCACUACCACCACGUCGAUCGGUGGUAGUUCAUUCACCACCACUUCUGAGUCACGUUCAGAUGUGAACAACAAGAUGAAAUAUGUUGGUGAAAUGAGAUCACGAUACAAAAACUCGUUUAUUACUACGAGUGUAGUGAAAUCCGUCUCGGAACACGCGAUAAUCGUUGUAGCGAUACGUGGGUGUUGCAUGUGCCAUGUUGUGAAGAAUUUGCUUCUAGGGUUAGGUGUUAACCCUAUGAUUUUCGAAGUGAACAACGAAGAUGCAGAUGAUGUGAAGACCGAGUUAUCAAUAAUCACAAGUGGUGACGGUGAUGGUGGUGGUGAUGGAACAUCGACGGAGUUUCCGGCGGUUUUCGUUGGUGGAAAUUUGUUCGGAGGACUAGAAAGAGUGAUAUCCACACAUAUUUCUGGUGAAUUAGUGCCAAUACUAAAAGAUGUAGGGGCUUUAUGGCUUUAAAUAUUUUUACCUACCUAGUCAAUUAUUAUUCUCUUUUGUUAGUAGGUAAAAAUCAUUCCACAAAAAGAAGAAGAAUAUCAGUCAUUCAUUCUCAAUAUUCGUGCCAAUGAAUAGAUCUUUGAAUCUGGUUGAUUCGUUAAGAAGGUCUACAUUUAGGGUGUGUGCUAA